AUUGGUUUUGUUUUUUUUUUUAACCAAACCACCAUGCGAUUUGUCGCGCCACCUCCUCGUUCCGGCGAUAUCUCACCGUCUCCUUCACCAUCUUCCGGUUUAACCGAAGAGAUUCUCUCCCGCUCUUCAGAUCCUCCUUUGGAGUUUAGUCCUCCAUUGAUCGCCAUGGUGGUGGUUCUAGCCGCCGCUUUUCUAUUCGUAACUUACUCUCGUCUCAUCUCCCGCCGUUUUCUUUCACCUCUGUUCCGUCGUUUUAGACGGUGGCGAUGCCGACGGCGCCGUCUCCUUCACCUAUCUUCAGCUUCCUCUGCUUCAACAUCAUCCUCUGAUCUCCGAUCGUUUUCCCCUUUCCCUUUCGACUCUUUUCAUUACUCUUCUUACUCUCCUUACGGAUUAGAUGAUUCCGUCAUCAAAACACUACCGUUAUUUCUCUACUCCGCCGCCGCUUGCACCGGGAAAACCGCGGUGGGGAAAACCUCCGCCGCAAAUUGCAGAGAUUGCGCUGUUUGUUUGUUGGAAUUCGAAGAAGGUGAUUAUGUACGAACACUCCCGUUAUGCUUCCAUGCUUUUCACCUUGAAUGCAUCGAUGAAUGGCUCCGAUCUCACCCUAACUGUCCGUUAUGCCGUACGGCGAUUCUCGGAUCCGCCGCUGCCGGAGUUAUAACGCCUAUGUCUCCGUUCGUUCCGUUAAUGGCUCCUCGAAUUCGUCCGAGCCUCGAUGAUGAUGCUGAGACUAACGCGAUCAUCAUCCGCGGCGAAAUCACACCGUCGCGGAACAGUUGGAACACAGUCGCUGCUACGGCGGUGACGACGAACGAUCAGGAGAUCACAGCGUCGGUGGAAGAGCAAUCAUCACCGGGGAUGUCUCGGUUCCGGGAGCUGAAGAGAUCGUACUCGUUCGAAUGCGAGAGAGAAUCAGAAUCAGAGAGAGUAACAAUGGAGCCAGCGACGGUGUCUCCAUGGAGAUACCGGAGAUCUACAUGGAACAAACGUCAAUCACCGUUCGGAAACCUAAUUUCGAAAUCAAGAGUGUUCUCGUUCCGUUACUACAGAAGCACGAAAUCACCGUUCUUCCGACGGAGAUCAUCGGCGGGAGUGUUUUACCCGAUAUCGGAACGGAUUCCAGCGACGGGAAGCUCAUCGCGGCGGACGAAAUCAAUGACGAGUCCGAUGUUCUUCAGAACAGCACCGCACUCAUCGAGCCGGUUAAGAUGCGGAGAUCCAGAGGCACUGUUAUCGCCGGAGAGAUGGAGAAGAAGAGACACGUCAUUUAAUGGAAUUAAAAUGAACGAAACAGAGAAGAUAGAGAGGUUCAGAAAUUGCUCAGCUGCUCACAACAAGACCAGAGACGCCAAGACGAUGAAGGUUUUGGAGCCUGUACGGUGACGUUUUGGUUGUUUCGUUUUUCGUUUCUUUUCUAUUGGAGUUAUCAAAAUGCAUUAACUUCCAAAGCUGCCAAAGUUAUUAUAGAAACGAAAGUCAACAAACCCAUUAAAUUUCGUUUCUAUAA